GCGCUGUCCUUCGGCUCUUCGCCUUUCUGCGUUCGCCGAGCUUCUCCCCUCUGUUCUUUUCCUGGGUCGCAGGCCCUCGCGUAGUUCUCUCUGUCUCCCGAUCUCAGCGGCGCUGUCGCACCGGAACCCUCUCGGCAGUGGCACGCUGUAUGGACACUCCACAACCGACCCAGUGCAACGUCAAAAUCCGGUCCCCCCCAAUCCCGCGGUCGAAACGAUCUUGGCAACGCCAGUCUUCGAGAUUCUUAUGGUUCCUGUACAUCCCCGCUCUACGGCUGCAGCGCGCUCCGAUAUUCGCGAGUCCGAGAGAGUGUUGGCCCUGCUUCUCUCUCCCCCCACUUGUGGAAAGGAGAGAGCAGAGACGGUGGGAACGUGCGACGUCCCUCCUCUCUGGGGUUUUGCGGAGCUGAAACCUCGCCAGCGUUGCUUGUUCGACUCGCGGAAAGCCUUGCUGCGGUCCUGGUUGCUCGACUGAAGCCGACAAACGGAACGAAUCCUCAAUUUGAUUUCUUCGCAUUCAUGUCGCGCCGACGUCGCGUCUCGAAAGGGACGAGCGAGGUGGCGGCUGCCACAAGCUUCCGACGUGGCGAGUCGUUUUUGGUAGGGUGGGCGAACUCUGGAAUCGGCGCUUUGGCUAUUCCAAAGGAGAUGCAGGGGGGGCCUUCCCAUCUGAGGACGCCUUUGAUGCUCUUUCCGACGCGGCAAAAUCAAAGUGGCGCGUCAAGAGUCUUUCUGCGCCGCCUGCAAAACAGCAUGCAACAAGCCUUUGACCUUUCUUACAGCCUGCCCUGGGACGUCCGCAUCCCAGGAAAAUCAAGAAUGCCUAUCUCAGAAUCCUCUCAACCAGGCAGACGACGUCGUCGGCUGUGGAGACUCAGAAGGCUUCCUCCGGCGCCGCGUCGAUGUCGAAGUUUCUGCCGUCAGUUUCCCGUUCACGCGGGCCUGGUCCCGCCUGCAGUCACCCCCCGGGAAACGGCUUCUCGGGCACCAAAAUGGAAAGAGCAAACGUUGAAGGCGCCUUGCUCUCCACUCAGCGAGAUUGUAGGAAACAAGAUGCGCGCGACACGAAAAAACCACGGCCAGACAAAUCUACUGACAGAGAAUGAGAAGAGAAAGAAGAAAGAGAAGAAGGACUCGUGUCCAAAGUCGAAUCAAGGCGAAGAACCUGUAAGAUCGCACCGCGUUCUCCGGGCCAGGUGAGAAUAGAGAGGCACAGAAUCAGUCGGCACAGGUUUCUCCUGGAAAACCAAGCACGUUAGAGAAACGACAGGUUUCAGGUUGGAAGAGUCGAAGCACUGGAAGAAUCCCGUCUCGGAGAUGCAUGCUCCCAGUACGACGGUCCUGAUCAUUUUAGCACCGGCGGAGUAGUGACUACAAGUGUGAAAGCUCUCAGGUUUCCAUGAACGGAGUUACAUAUUAGAAUAUCUCGCAAGGAAGCUGAAAGUCGACAAAGGGAAGAAGCAACUGCUAGUGUAUGGACUUCGAUAGUGGUUCUUGUUAGCAUAGUUCCGUUUGUAACGAAUCGAGUGCCGCGUCUAGGACACUGGCACGAACUGCAGGUGAACGACGCAGACGCUUGUCUCCAGUUUGCUUGGAACUGCCAUGAGCGAAGGUGCGAUAAAGCAGCCAGUGGCGGAAGAAAGGACUGGGUGAGUGAGUCUCUUUGACGAAAACGUGCUGAGAAAGAAAACUAUUUAGACGACGAAAGAGACCUCGAGGAAGCGGAGGCGCGCAAGCGACGGGACAAGACACGUAGCAAAGAGACGGGGGUCCGUGACACGGAGAACCGCGUUCACAGCUUCUGGGAUCGUCUGUUUUCUGGGAGUCACACGACCGAGGAAAGCGGGACAUACGACAAGGAACGGCAGGGAGGACCGCCGACGGCGUCGACAGGCACUUAAAAAAACGGGGUAUGCAGCACCGAACUCUCGUGUGGCGAAACGAGUGAGGAAACGCGCUAACUGGAAAGAGUCAACAAGCCGCGAGAGCGGGGUGUCGGCGCCAAGAACUGUGGAACGACGUGGAAGACAAGAAAAUCUAUCGGGUUGUUGGGAGUUCGCGCGCCAGGUGUUUUGCCGAGGCCGCUGGAGUGCAGCGGGAAGGCCUGGCGAAUGGCAGUACCGAAGUCGUGGAAAGAGUUGGAGAAACCCAGAGAUUCGAGAGAAAACUGAGAGAAUCUGGCAGAAAAGAGGUCCGGCCAAAAAACCUGUUUCCGAACCAAAAACCGACAACGCAAAGUCUUGCCGCCACUCCACUCCGCUCCGCCAGGCAGAUACACAUGCAGGAAUUCACCGGCAGCGUUACGAACUUUGUGACGGGUGCUGUUUGACGAAACGAAUGGGACGCCCACCCGUUUGGCGCAAAC